GUUAUUGUCAAAUACAUAAAAGUCAACUUUUUGUCGUUAGGUUAAAAGUGCAAUAGUUAAGUAGAAUGUCAAGCGACGAAGAUGAGGAGGAACAGAAAGGAGAGGGUGGAGAGGGAAUCGAAAUCUACCCUUACGGAGAAUACGAAGGCCAACGUGACGACCAAUUGGAUAGACAUGGAUUUGGAAGUGCUCUACUCCCCAAUGGAGACAUAUACGAAGGAUAUUAUCUGCAUGGUAAAAGACACGGUAAAGGAAUGUACUGCUUUAAGAACGGGGCGAGAUAUACUGGUAACUGGAGGAAAGGACUUAAGCAUGCGCAAGGAGUUUUCUUGUAUCCCGAUGGGUCGAAGUAUGAUGGUGAGUGGAGAAAAGAUUUUAAGCAUGGGCAUGGUACAUACUAUUAUAUAAAUGGUGAUACUUAUGAAGGUGCGUGGUGGAAAGGUUUUAGACAUGGUUUGGGCACAUAUCUCUUUAAAGAGUUUAAUGUUACACACCAUGGAACGUGGAAAGAUGGUCGUAUGGAAGGACCAGGCAUCUAUAACUACCCUUACUAUAAAUACCACGGCAGUUUUGAUAAGAACCUUCCAAAAGGUCCUGGUUGUUUCGUAUUUGAUGGCAAAAUAAUGCAACAUGGUUUCUAUGUGAACGUAAGAGACCCCAAGUUCGAUUAUGUCGGGGUUGAAGAGUUGGCUUUGGAGCAAACCAAAGAACCGGACGUUGUUGAAGAUAGAAGCAAUCCAAGAGGUAUUGUACCCAUAUGGAGGGCGAGAAAUGUCACUACAUUUAGUAAAGAUUUGCUUCCACCUGAACCAGUCCCUAUACCUGUCAAAGAUUCCGAGGAAUCAUUCAUUGAUAUUAUCGAUUACCUUCAAAAGCAGUAUAAAGAAGAUAAGAAGUUUCAAGAAGAGGAGGAUCACCACCCCCCUCCUCCUACUUCACCUGUACCACCGGAGUUACUUAUUGAAGAUUUUAACUUUGAUGAUAUUGCUCCGUCAAAUAUAAAUCCAUUACCAUAA